AUGUCAAAAUAAUAGCAAUAGCAACUCUCUUAUAUAUGCAAAGAUUCACAAAACCAAAAAGGGCAAGGUCAAUCUUAUCGAAGAAUGAAUAACAAUCAAAACAACUUUGAUGAUAAAAAUGGUUAGAAUCAAAAAAAAUAAAAUAAAUACAAUAGAAGAAACAAUUCAUAAGAAAAACAAUAGAAUUGGCAGAAUCCCUCAUCUUAAUCUGUUAUAGCAAGAGCUCAAAUUAAUCAACCAUUAAAUAAAAUUUAUGAUUCUUAGACAUUAAUUUCUGCAUUUCAAGAAAAUCUUUAACCUCCUAAAGAAUUUGAAGAAUUCAUAGAAAACAUUCCCCAUUUGUUUUCUAAAAUUUCUUAGAAACCUUUAAUUUCGUCUUAAGCAUUAUUCAUCCAAAGUGAUGAAGAUGAACCACAAUGGAUGCAAUCUAAUGACAAUUUCUAGAUCUUAGAUAUCGAAAAUGAAAUGGAAAAAAGGAGAAUAGAAUAUUAAAAAUAGCAUGGAACAUAUGAGAAAAAGCAAGAGCAAAAAUCCAAAAAGCAAAAUGAAGACAUUUAAGAAGAAAUAUCAGAACUUUAAUAAGCCAAAGAAAAGUAUAGAUAAUUGAGAGAGCAAGAGGAAAAGCAAUUGUAAGUCGCCAAUGAAACCAAAGCAAAAUUAUAAGAAUUAUUUAGCUACUCUGAAUUGGAACAACCCAAGAGUGCCAAUCCCUCAUUUAAUUCAUAGGUGCUAUCAGUAGAAGAAGUUGAAAAAUAAGUAUUAGCUUCUACCAAUAAUAAAUAAAAAGAUAUCAUCAAAGUUGAACAACCUCAACAAAAGUCAGAGAACUAUUUCAGUAAUUUCAAUAACAAUGAAACUGAUGACUUUUUUGAAUAAUUGGAAGAAAUGGGAAUUCAUAUUCAAAGAAAAUAACAAGUACCUUUAAAACCUACUGUCAAAAUUUCAAGGGACAAAAUUAAAACUACUCCGUUUUCACUAUAAGCCUAAUUACAUUAAAGAUCUGCAAAAGAAUCUUUGUGGUAUUAUUUUGACGAUUUUGGAAAAAUAUAAGGAGGAUUUACAACUGAAAAUAUGGAUCAAUGGUUUUAGCACAAAUACUUCAAAGCCAAGUUGAAUAUCUCUUGGGAAGUCCCUGGAAAGUGGAUUACUUUAGAAUAAUAUUUAAUUAAUUUAGAUUAGAUUGAAAAAAAACUAUUAGAUCCGAAAGGUGCUAUGGAUCCACUAACACUAAAAACUAAUAUAAAUAAUAUUAAUAAUAUUCAAUUAAAUAAUCUAUAGCAAUUGCAAUAAAUGAAUGCAUUUAAUAUCAAUAGCUUUCAAAAUCAAUAAAUGAAUGCCUAUUAAUAUUAAGUUAAUAAUAAUUAAUAAUAGCAAUAUCAAAAUCAACAAAUGAACAACUUACAAAACAAUGUAAAUAAAAAAAAAAAUAAUAAUUCUAACAAUAAUAAUGGUAGGGCUCAAUAAUAAAAUAAAUAUGAUUAUCAAAAAUAUAAUUAAUCAUUAUAUUGA